AUGGUGAGAACCAGAAACCAAAGAAUGGGAAAGUUACCUCGAAGAGGAACAACCGAGAGUACUUUAAAAUACACCGGCACCGGAGAGUCUUCGAACCCAGUAUGUGUCGAAGAAGAGAGUCCCACCAACAUCGCGAUGAACCCUGUUCCAAUAGGCAGAGUACCGUUCGGCGAACCUCAAGAACAGAGCAUCAACCCACCAGGUAACUCGAAUCUCCCUCUGACAGACCAUGAGGAACUUCCCAUGCCCAUGCCCAUUGCGGCUGAUUUCGGAGACAAUAGGAUCGUUGAUCCAAACGAUUUAGUGGUACAACUCCGGUUUGCCAUAAAUCGAGGCUGGGAACCUGAUAUGGGCUCCUACGUUAGCUCCGAAGAAGAGGACAAUCCAAGGGAAUCAGAAUAUGAGGGACAUGAAGAUCCUCAAAAUCACGAGGUGAACCGUCCCUUAAGCCCUAUAAAUGAUGAACAAAUCACAAUUGAUGAAACCCCCAAUUCAAUCCCUCGGGUCAACAAAAACCCUAGAAAGAGGAAGAUGACUGACCCAUAUGAAGGAGUAGAUCCAAGGGCCAAAAGGCCAAGUGAUUUUCCAGUACGUGCAGGACCUCCUCAAAGACCACCAAACAUCCCACCAAAACCUGCAAAAUCCAAGAAAACAAGAAACAAAAAUACAGAGGAUGAACAAACCUGGGUACCAAAUGAAGAAAUUGAGUCCUCUGGCUACAAACUGGACAACUCAGAGCAGAUUCAAGAAGUUCUAAUCUCAAAUCAACUCCUAGGAACAGUCACCAACAUAGAACUUUAUGAUGAGGAAGUCAUCCAGGAAUUCUACUGUAACCUAACCAAAACCAUCAUAAUACCCAGUAGUCCUAUGUAUGGGAAAGUAUAUUUGAGAGGAAAAUACUAUGAGUUUACACCAGACACAAUCAACAGCUACCUAGGAACACCUGAAUUUGAACAAGAGAUGGAACUAAAUAGUGAACAAGUGGCCAAGGAACUUACAGCAGGUAAUGUCAGCUUUGAAAAGAACAAAAUCAAAGCAGCUUCUCUAACAAGCAAAUAUGCAAUCCUACAGAAGAUAGCUCUUGCAAACUGGAUGCCCUCACUACAUGAAUCCACAGUGAAAUGGACCUUAGCAGAACUGCUGUACAAGAUAGGAAAAGGGGUGAAAAUCAACAUGGAAAAUGAAGAAGAUCAAGAGCAAAGAACAGAAGAAGAUAUCCAGGAACAUUCCCAAGAAGCAGAAAAUGAAGAAGACCAAGAGCAAAAUCAAGGAACAGAAGAAGAUAUCCAAGAACAUUCUCAAGAAAAGAGUGUUGAAACACCUGUUUCAACAUCAGACUCAGAAGUUUAG